CAAUAGAUCCGAGAGGGAUCUGUAUCCACUGAAGAUCUCUCGAGGAAGUUAGUGUCUCACACUGGCUCCAGCAGCAAACUCUGCUCUCUCUCAGACUGGAGUUUAAAGAUAGUUUUGCAUUGCCUUCGAUGGAUUUUUGUGUUUUUUAAAUUGAUUUGGUUUGUUUUAAACUUAUGUUUAAUUUCUAAAAUAAGUUUAUUGGGCUCCCUGUGGACUGCGCACAGAAAGUCGAUCUCUUUGGAAAGAGUACUUUCAUAAGCAUUGAAAAGCAUUUUCUGAUCUCUUCUUGAACACUGGCAUUAGAGUUGUGUUCUUCGUCAAGUGCUGUGCUGAAGAAAUUCGCCCUGUAUAGAUUCUGCUCAAUGUUGAUGAAACGUCUCCUAUCGAAGACUUCGGGUACGCACGUAUUUUAACCUAUCGAUCGGCUGUUUGUUGAUUCGGAGAAUAUGGAUCUUCGUUCAGAGAUCUCAUCCGCCUCCCAGGGAGGGUCGCAGGUUCAUCCAGGCGCCGCUGCUGCGGCCGCUGUUGCUGCCGCAUCCAUCCCGGUUUCCAUGGCUGGUACUCUGUUAAGGGCCCCGCCGCUGUUGCUUCGCGCCACAGAGAAGUAUCCACGAACGCCUAAGUGCGCCCGGUGCAGGAACCACGGCGUGGUGUCCGCGCUGAAGGGACAUAAGCGCUACUGCAGAUGGAAGGACUGCAUGUGUGCCAAAUGCACUCUCAUCGCUGAGAGACAGCGCGUCAUGGCAGCUCAGGUUGCGCUCCGCAGACAGCAGGCGCAGGAGGAAAACGAGGCGAGAGAACUUCAGCUGCUCUACGGCACAGCAGAGGGUCUGGCCUUGGCCGCUGCCAACGGCAUCAUACCUCCCCGGCAAAACUAUGAGGUCUUCGGCGCGGUUAACAACGAAACAAACCAUGGAGAAUCCAACAUCCAAAAAUUCGAGUUGUUCCCCAAAACACCUUUACCCGGAUCGGUGACCCAACAGCAGGCGGCUGGAAAGUCCGUAUCCACAGACACCGAAUCCGUUCCAGGAAUGUCGUCUCCAGAUAUGCGUCAUGGCUCGGGUUCGGAAAACGGUGACCGCGAGUCCAUCGUCAAUUCCCCGAUAGCCAAACCAUUAAAAGACGGCGAUGAAACGCCAGGUUCCAUCAGUCCGCUAGGCUCAGACUCCGGCUCGGACACGGAUAAAGACGAGCAGGAGCCCUUGCCCUCCUCUGUAGCGUCGCGACAGAUGAACGCCAUUGACAUUCUAACGAGGGUUUUCCCCAACCACAAGCGCAGCGUCCUGGAGCUUGUGCUACAAGGAUGCGGCAAAAAUGUGGUCCAGGCCAUAGAGCAAAUCCUCAACAACAGCGGUCAAGCCAAGGGUCCAGAUGAGUCCUGGGCGGCGGAUCGGAUGCUGCAGAGCGCACAGCCGCCCAUGUCCUCCACCCCAAGGCCUAUGCUACCUGGAACCAUGACGCUCAGCAACAGAUCUGCCUUCUCUCCUCUGCAACCUAACGCGCCUCACUUUGGUUCCGACCCAAGCACGUAUCCUCUCAGUACGCAUUUGAGCUUGAACCCACUCCGGUUGGCGUACUCGGCUCACAGCAGAGGCCUGGCCUUCAUGGCUCCAUACUCCGCCACAGGUCUGAUGCCAACAUUGGGCUUCAGGCCGCCAAUGGACUACGCCUUCAGUGACUUGAUCAGAGACAGGACACUCUUGCAUAAAGAUCAGAGCUUCACGAACGGACUGUAUGGUCCUCUGGUAAACAACACUCCAGAGAAACAGUGAGAUAUUGAUUCCCAAGUGUAGACAAAAGUGAUUCUUGUCUUUAAAGACUUCCAGGUCUAAAGAUUCCUCAUCCUUAAAGACUCGCUUUCUUUUUGUGUUUCUGUAUAUAUAAUAUACGUCUAGUUUAAUCACCACAAAAAAGUGUUUGGUGGUCGUGGCUUCUUUGAAGUUUGAGAAAAUGGUUAUGUGUAAAAGAAAAUGGUUACAUGUAAAGGUUAAAGUAGUUUUUACCCAUCUUACUGCAGGUUGGCAUUGCUGAUACUGCCUCAGCGCAAAAGGAGACAGAGGUGAAUUAUUUUAGACCUUUACGAGGGUAACCAUAGUAUUUUCGAAUAAUGUAAAUUGUGUAUUAUAAAAUCUUUCACGUUCGUUACAAUCCAUUUAGAUUAUUUACCAAACGGAUUAAGCCCCCUUGUGAUGAUGUGCAAUUCCUAGAAUAAUCAUUUGCUUCAUCAUUCAUCAAAAAAGGGAAUAUUCUAGCAUUAUUGUAAUUGUGGAACGUCUAUUAUUCACUCUUUUUCUGCUCAGUGUCUGAAAAUCGGGCAAUGUUCAUUCAGCAGAACAGUAAUUCUUUGGCUUCAGUAUGGUUGCUGGCUCAAGUAGACAUUUGUGUUCCCUUUGUGAGUGAUAUAUUAAACGACUAAAUAAUGUAUAUUGCAUUUGUUGAUGAUAAAGUCAUAUUUGUCAGUCAUUUAUUCAAUACAACUAAAUCAAAAGGGAUCUAAAAAAGAUGUAAAACGAUCGAAUGUUGAUUGAAAUCUUGCAGCGUUGCGAAGUGUACAGUUCUUUGUGUAAAUUUUGCAAAUAAAUAAAUGUUAUUUUAUUCUUACGUUUAA